CCAGACCCCUUACCUCCCCCCCGCCCCCAAUGCCUCCUGCCUGGACCCCGAGUCCAUGGACCCUUUGCCCCUUCCCCAGACACUCAGCUUCACAACCUUUCUGUUCCCACCCCCUCUUUCUGCCCUGGAAUCCCCCCUCCCCCUCCCCAGAGCCUCCUGCGGCCCCUCCCCCAGCCUUUAUUUAUCCUCUUCCCUAUUGGUGCAAAUCCUCCUUCCCUGCCUACACAGCUGCACCCCCUCCUGCCAUCUUCCCCGCAGACGUAGCCCUGGCAUCCCCUCAAACCCCCAACCUGUAUAUUCUGUCUCCUCCCUUAUCCUUUUUGGGGUGCCCUCCUGGUCACACAGCUCCCCUCCCCCACGUCCUCGUAUCUCAUUCCCUCUGGCCCCUCCUCCUAUUUCUUCCUUGAACCCCAUUUCCUCCACUAGGACACAGCCCAGUGUUCCCCGCUUAAGACACAUAGGCCUAUCCAGCUCUAUACAAGAACAUGACAGUGACGAUGACUCUUAUGAAGUGCUGGAUUUAACAGAGUAUGCAAGAAGACACCACUGGUGGAACCGUGUGUUUGGCCACAGCUCUGGACCUAUUGUAGAGAAAUAUUCUGUAGCUACUCAGAUUGUAAUGGGUGGAGUCACUGGAUGGUGUGCGGGAUUUUUAUUCCAGAAAGUUGGAAAACUUGCAGCAACUGCAGUGGGCGGUGGCUUUCUUCUCCUGCAGAUUGCCAGUCACAGUGGCUAUGUGCAAGUUGACUGGAAGAGAGUUGAAAAAGAUGUAAACAAAGCAAAAAGACAGAUUAAAAAAAGAGCAAAUAAAGCUGCACCUGAAAUCAAUACCAUCAUUGAAGAGUCAACAGAAUUUAUCAAACAGAACAUAGUGGUAUCCAGCGGAUUUGUGGGAGGCUUCUUGCUAGGCCUUGCAUCUUAAGGACGUGAAUGUUGCUGUUUUGAUGGAUUAAUUAACAACAAAAACAUUGGUGACAGUGUGCUCUCUUGCAAAGUAGUACCAGUCAUCAGAUUCUUCUGGGCAAGAAGACUAACUAGUUGGACAACUCUGAAACUUAUACUUUUAGGCUUUUGCCUUCUGAAGCUUGGCAAACUAGGAUUUGCUAAAAUAAAUAAAUAAAUAAA